AUGAAAUUUCCCUGGUCCCACACGACUGUUGUUGAUGUGAUUAAAAAUGAUCACAAAGUCGAAGAAAAGUGUCACAAAGUCACGAAGGAUAUUAUUGCUGGAAAGUUGGAUAUUUCCGAGUUUGUGCAAGAGCUUGGACCGGCAUUGACUCAUGCUGAGGUUGAGGUUCGCGCAAAGGGAACGUCUAUGUUGUCGAACGUACUCAAAGAUCUUCCCCUAGAUUGUCUAAACGAAGAACAAGUGCAACUACUAUGUACGUUCUUCAUAGAUCGCUCGCAAGAUCAUAGUCCCGUCAUUCCAACGGUUCUAGCAGGGAUUGCGGCAUUGACCCGAAUGACUCAUUUGCCCGACGGAACAGCUGUCCGUUUGUUUCGAGCUCUUUUCGAACGCAUUCCUUGUGCGAGUCAGAAAAAGCCUGAACGAACUCUAUAUUAUCACACGAUUAUAACUCUCUCAGAGCGUAAGCCGGUCGAGCUGAAGGAAUGGGGUGCAGACUUUGUUUACGGUGUGAUUGGUGCCAUUGAAGGCGAACGCGAUCCACGGAACUUAUUGUAUCUCUUUGAGAACAUGCCAACAUUCAUCCGUUCCUACCCGAUGUUCCAUCUAGCAGAAGAAAUGUUUGAAACGUUUGCUUGCUAUUUUCCAAUAGAUUUCCAUCCGAAUCCAAAUGAUCCCGUUAUAAUAACGAGAGAUGUUCUUGCGGAAAACCUUGCAGAUUGUCUUUGUGCUACAGCGGAAAUGGCACAAUUCGCGGUUCCGUUGUUAUUGGAGAAACUGGACAGCAGCCUUAACAUUGCUAAGCUCGACUCACUGGGUUUGCUUGGGCGGUGUUUAAAUCUGUUGGAUGUGAAACAAAUGGAGGAACAUCAUGCUGAGCUAUGGAAUGCUUUGAAAAAAGAACUUAUGCCUAUCGGUGCGACGUCUGGAACAGAAAAGUUGUUACAGGAAGCUGUUUUUACGUCAAUACAGGGGCUGGUGAAGAAUGCCUCUACAGAUGAACCUUCCGCCAAAACUCUGCUGGAUCACGUUUUGCUCGGCGUCAUGGGAAGCCUAACAGACGCGACCUCGAAACAAUUUGAAACUAGCCUUUGCGUAGAGCUUAGCUGCGCUAAAGCAAGUGAAUAUGGCACCAUGUACGUGAUAGGAAAGGUUGUACCGAUGCUUCUUGCUCAACUAAAUGUAGACGGUCAUGUUGAAGCACGCGUUGGAAACAUUCUGGUGGAUGCGAUGCACCGUCUUAUCUCGGUGUGCGCCGUUUGGGGCUGUAUUGCAAAACUCGAUGAUUCUCUUGUUGGUCAGGUGCAGAAGAAAUUUAUUGAAAUACUUCUGCAGGAAGCGGACGCAAGCGAUCAGAAGCGUUCCGCGCUCAAAGCCCUUGCAGCAGUGCCAGAGAUGGUUACCAGCGAUAACCGAUACGUAGUGUAUAGUACAAUUGUGAAGAUUCUGCUCAGUGCCGCGGAUAACCCAUCAAAUACAGUCGAUGCCGUAGAACAGUGCUUGUUUUCGUUUGCUAUCCGUUACCAGCAGGAGAUGAAAACAGUCGUACUAGAAAAAUUGAUAACGCAUGAUUACGCUUCGUGUGAACAAUCGCAUACGGUGCUGGUGUUCAAAUCGAUGGGUAAAUUGGUUCAAUACCAUGGUUACACGGACAAGAUGGUGGAUUUUUUCCUUUCAAAAAUAUUUAAGCUAGAAAACGAACGAUUAGCCAUCGUUGCCAUGGAUACGCUGACGGACGUCGUGGAGAACUCCAAUUGGCGCGAACUCGCCAAGGGUGAACUGUACGUACAGCAUAAGCUGAUCGACCGGUUCUUCGAGAGUGUUGGAGAUCAGCUCAGUUCAGAAUAUUUACAUAGUAUGACCCACCUCAUAGCCACUAUCGUUAGGCAGCUUCCGGUUGAUGAGCAGAAGGACUUGAUCCUAAAACGAUUGCCUGCGUUACAGCUGCAAAAACGCACAGAUUUGUACUUAGCUGCAGGGUUACUCGGUUACCUCGACCACACCGUACCACUCAUGGAUCAUUUCGAGAAUCUUGUCAAUGAGCUCACCAAGCUUGCCCUCGAAUCGGAUGACGAACGGGUACGGGAGAUUUGCAAUCGCCUGCUUUGCAGUUUGUUCAACCGAAUGCCAGAAGAUGAACAUCAUCGUGGUGUGUUGAAGCGGCUUCUUAAAAUGCUUAAGGAGGAGAUGAAGAAACACAACCACCAGGCAGUGGUCGUUCUCAGUUGGAUCGGAAAAGGGCUAAUAGCACGUGGCCACAAGGAAGCGGGCGAAGUCGUGGAUGACAUCGCUGAGCUGCUCGAUCAUCCCACGUUAGGCCAUUUGGCUGCAUUGGCAUUCGAGAUCUUGUCGGUCGAGUUUCCCCAGCUUCACCUACAGCUGGUGCAGAGUUUGUUUAAGCAAAAGUUGUUUGUGUGGUUGAUGAAAAAGCUGGAAAAUAAGCUGGAAAACUUUGCAGAAACUCAUCUGAAAGCGUUGGCUCUGGUAUUUGUAGCCACCCCACAUGCGGUAUUAAAGAUGAAUCUAUCUAAAAUUGGUCCGGUUUUGCUGAAAUGUCUCUUUCAAGAAGAUAACCGAACGGUACUGGAAGCGUUAACCAUCGUGUUACGCUUCACCCGUGACCAGGAGCCAUUCAUACAGGAUCAUUUGCAAACAUUAAUACCGAUUCUUCUGAAAUUAUCCGUUCGCCAGUCUUCCAUGAAAAUACGCAUCGGAGCACUCGAAUGCAUGCUUUACAUAUGCAAAUUUCCUACCUUUUUGCUGCUUCCAUACAAAAAAAACACGCUAGUGGAACUGCAAAAGGCUCUGGACGACAGGAAACGCUUGGUGCGUAACGCAGCAGUUGCCGCUCGUCUUCAGUGGUUUGUCGUUGGUACAACCGAAGAGGCAAAGAACGACAAGUAAAGGUGUACCACCAGUACCAUGUAAUAUCUAGACUAUUGAAUUAUCGAUUUCAUUUCAAUACGAAUUCGUCUAGACGUUUUGUUCAAUGUUGAUUUUGUCAAUAUCGUUCGAAGAAAUGUACAAGAUUUAUUCCCUUUUUUGCUUUCUCUAAUAA